AUGACAAACCCCACCGUCAAUCCUUCUGAAGUCGGCUGGCAAUUCGUUCCGCAAUACUACACUUUCGUCAACAAGCACCCCAAUCGUUUGCACUGUUUCUACACCAAGGCAUCCACUUUCAUUCACGGCACUGAGGGCGAGGAUGGCAAGCCAUGUUAUGGUCAACAGGAAAUCCACAAUAAAAUCACUUCGAUCGGCUUUCAGGAUUGCAAAGUGUUCAUCCAUUCCGUCGAUGCCCAAUCGUCCGCGAAUGGCGGUAUCAUCAUCCAGGUCAUCGGUGAGAUGUCGAACCAUGGCGAGCCCUGGCGCAAGUUCGUGCAGACGUUCUUCCUUGCCGAGCAGCCGAACGGUUAUUUCGUACUUAACGAUAUCUUCCGUUUCCUCAAAGAGGAGACGGUUGAGAGCGAUGAUCAAGCAGAGGAAGCGGAAGAUGUGGAUGCUGCCCCUUCCGUUGCGGAGCAUCCUGUUGUCGUGCAGGCUCCUGCGAUUCCCGCUCCGCCACCACCGGCCGAGCCGCAGCCCGAACCUGUGCACACGCCCACACCUGCACCUGCGCCCGUCAAGCCUGCCGAGGAGCCACUCGCCCCAGCAGCUCCGCAACCUGCGCCUGAGGUCCAACAGCCCAACGGUAUUCACGCAGAGCCAACGGUGGAGUCUGUGCCGGUCCCUGCUCCCGCCGCCGAAGGUGUACCGUCGGCCUCCCCCUCGCCAGAACCACCUGCGACGGCCUCUCCUCCACCGGUGUCUCCCCCGGCCCCUCAGCAUAAACCAGUCGCCGCCUCCCCCGCUCCUCCUCCUCCCUCCCACCCGCCAGCUCCCACCCCCAUGCAGGCCCCUGCUGCUCCUGCACCAGCUGCCCCGCGAUCGUGGGCUAACCUUGCUGCGAAGGAUUCGGGCAAGUGGGGCGCGGUCGCGCAGGAGACUCGCGGCAUCAGCGAGGCCCCAGUCACGAGCGUGUCUCCUGCCCCGCUCAAUGGUCCUCAGCAGCCUCUUCCCCACGCCCCGGCGCGGCCGCCACCGCAUCCAGCGCUUUUCGCUGCGCAGAACGUUGCUACCGCUCAGUGCUUUGUCAAGAGUGUCACCGAGAACAUCUCGGACGCCGCGCUGAAAGCGACGCUCGUGCAGCGCUUCGGGCCGAUCAAGGAGCUCGAGAUCCUCCGCCCGAAGGCGUGCGCCUUCCUUGAGUUCGUUCACCUGGACGCCGCUCGACGCGCGAUUGCGGCGUCGCUUCCCAUUCCACAAGGGGGAGAGGGUGGGGUGCGGAUUGACCUUGAGAGCGGCGGGUUCGCGAAGAUCCUCGUUGAGACGCGCAAGGAGCGCGGCGACCGCCCUCCCCCUCGCGGUCCGCCUGUUAAUGGCGAUCGCGGGAGGGGUGGUUACAGGGGUCGAGGCGGACCUGGUAACCGUGGGCGGGGCGGACCUCCCCCGCAGAAGUAG